AUGGCCUUGGCAGAUAUGAAUAUAGGAAUGAUCUUGCUAUUCCAGAUAGUCGUUGGAAUCCUGGGGAAUUUCUCACUCUUAUAUCAUUACACAUCCCUUUACUUCAGGGGAUGCAAGCCAAGAUCCACAGAUUUAAUUCUCGGGCACCUGACUAUAGCCAACUCCUUGGUCAUUCUCUCUAGCGGAGUCCCAAAGACCAUGGCAGCUUUAGGGUUGAGACAUUUCACCAGUUAUUACGGAUGCUGCAUUCUUUUGUAUGUUCACAGAGUAGCCAGAGAUAUAUCCAUUUGUUCCACGUGCCUCCUGAGUGUCUUCCAGGCUAUCUCGAUCCACCCUGGGAACUCCAGGUGGGCGGAGCUUAAAGUGAAAGCUGCCAAGUACGUUGGCCCCUCCAGUAUCCUGUGUUGGGUGCUCCACAUGGUGGUAAAUGUGUUUUUUCCUAUCUAUAUGUCUGGUAAAUGGAGCAACAAAAAUAUUACAAAGAGAAGAGGAUUUGGAUAUUGUCCUGCUUCACAGCAUCGUGCCAAGAUCUCAGAAUCAGUGUAUGCAGCAGUGACAUCUGUCCAUGACAGUUUGUGUUUGGGACUCAUGACCUUGGCCAGCAGCUCCGUGGUUUUCCUCCUUUAUAGGCACAAGCAGAGGGUCCAACACAUCCAUAGGAACAGUGUCUCCCGCAGACCCUCCCCUGAGUCCAGAGCCAUCCAAAGCAUCCUUGUUUUGGUGAUCACCUUUGUGUCAUUUUACGCCCUCUCCUCCAUCAUUUAUGUUUACAUGGCUUUCUCUGAUGAUUCCAGUUGGUGGCUGGUGAACACCGCAGUACUGAUCACUGCAUGUUUUCCAACCAUUAGUCCUUUUGUUCUCAUGAGCCACGACCCCAGCAUAGCCGGGCUCUGCUGCGUCUGCUGUGGAAGAAAUACAUAA